GAUUGACAGGUAGGCGUGGCCAUUCUCUGUGUGUAUUGAUGCGAAACACUUUACAAGUAAGACGCGGUAGUGGAGGAAAGGUGUCUGUGUUCUUCCGUGGUUUCCGUCAGCUUUUCUCAACGGCAACCAUGCAAGGAGCCGUGUGGCUACUCUUAGCCGGUUUUACAGCGGUUGCUAGUGCACAGAAUGUAGAUCCUGAGUGCAACUUCCCUCUGGGAAUGAGCAGCAGACUCAUCACUGACGGCCAGAUUUCAGCCACAUCAUUCGUCAACUACUACAGGGCACCCAGAUAUGCCAGGCUCAACAGAAGAGAAGGUGAUGGCGGUUGGAGUGCAUCGAGAGACGACUUUUCGCAGUAUCUGACCUUUGACCUGAUGGAUCGGUCAAGAAUCACGGCCAUCGCCACCCAGGGCCGCUUCAACAGCGAUGAGUGGGUGAAAGAGUACAAUAUCCAAUUCAGCGACAACAGAUGGCAGUGGAGAACUUAUAGCGCCACCCUGAAGGGAAACACCAAUGCAGAUUCCGUCGUCACGAACAGGCUCACCGGAACAUGGAUCGGUCGCUACAUGCGGAUCAAUCCUCGCUCCUGGAACAAGAAAAUCUCAAUGCGUGUGGAAAUCUACGGCUGCCUGGACAGGGCACACUCAGCAACUUUCGCUGGAGACGGCUACCUCCGCUAUGAACUCACGCGUGAAGAAGACCGUGUAAGGACCACCCAGGACACGAUCAAGAUGCGCUUUAAGACAAACAAGCCUCAUGGUAUGCUGCUUUAUGGCCACGGAUCUCAGAACGACUUCAUCUCACUCGAGCUGAUCUGGGGAAAGAUCUGGCUUCGUGUCAAUCUUGGCACUAGCCGGUCAGUGGAAGGCUACACGGAGGCGACUGCUGGGUCACUGUUGGACGAUGACCAGUGGCACUCCAUCGAGAUCACCCGCAACAGGAGGGACAUCAGUCUCAAGGUCGACAGGUUCUUUGUCAAGUUCAGGACGAAUGGAGACUUUGAACGACUGGAUUUGGAUCGACAGAUCACCGUCGGAGGUGUGGACUUCCUGUUUCCGGGCGUGAUCGUGCGCUUCAACUUCCAGGGCUGUCUGCAGAACGUGUUCUUCAACGGCAUCAACAUGAUCGAGAGGACGCAACGACAAGUUGAUGCCUUCUCCAGCGUGGGCUCUGUGACGUACAACUGCCAGGGAACCACUCAGAAAUCCCUCACCAUCCCCUCACCAGAGAGCUACCUGCGUCUACCAGGAGCAAGCGGAAGAAACAGCAUCGCCCUUGGGUUCGAGUUCCGAACCUUCAACCGGGAGAGCAUGAUGGCGUACACGCAGAUCAACCAAGGCACCGGAUCUAUCAUGGUGCGUCUCGCUGACGGACGACUGAACGUCACGAUCGUCCGGUUUGUCAACAACGUGGAGCGUGUGGUUCCUAUUCUGUCCGAUGAGUACCAGAAUGACGGACGAUGGCACAGCGUGGUUGUGAAUGCAACCGAGAACUCCGUCACCGUGACCUACGACUACAAUCGGACCAUCAACACCAACACUGUGCUCCAACUGCAAACUGGUGACAAGUACUACUUGGGAGGUUGUCCUCCGUCUGCCGUUUCUCAAGAAGGUUGUCCAAUCAGAGGCGAGCUCAAACCCUUCCAGGGUUGUAUGCGGCAGAUCGUGAUCGACGGACAGAAUAUCGACAUUCAGCGUCUUGCAGAUGGGCGUCUGGCCAAUACCGUAAAGACGGGUGUCCAGUUUAACUAUUGUGGCCUUGUUGACAGAUGCACACCUAAUCCAUGUGAGCACGGCGCCACCUGCGAGCAGGACUGGUACACUUUCACCUGCAACUGUCAACCCACGGGGUAUAACGGCGCCACCUGUCACUUGACAAAGUACGAGGACUCCUGUGCAAACUACAAUCCGUUCGGAGAGGGUGUUGCAAGCGGUACAAAGUUCAUUGACCCCGAUGGCAGUGGUCCCCUUGCUCCCUUCCCGGUGCAGUGUGCCACCAUCGACUUACACACUGUGGAAACCGUCAUCACCCAUGACUCCAUGGCGCGGACAUUAGUCAGCGGUUUCGCCGGGGCGGGCUCGUACAAGAAAGACAUCGUUUACCAGGGAAGCCUGCCGCAGGUUUUGCCCCUCAUGAUGAGAUCGGAGCGCUGCCAACAGCGAAUCAGAUACGAGUGUACAAACUCACGUCUCCUCAAUUCUCCAAAUGGACAACCGUUUGGCUGGUGGGUUGGUCGCACAAAUGACAAGAUGGUGUACUGGGGAGACGCAGGCCCAGGGACGCAGAAGUGCGCCUGCGGUCUGGAUGGAACUUGUCGUGACCCUGCAAAAUACUGCAACUGUGACGGCACUGCUGGGUUUGAGUCUGUCAGGGGUGUCGACGAAGGCUACCUGACCCAGAUGCCCUACCUGCCUGUUACUCAGCUGCGUUUCGGCGACACCAGUCCUGGCAGCGGCUUCCACACACUGGGACCACUGGAGUGCUAUGGAGACAUCAUGUUCAACAAUUCUGCAACCUUCAAGGCUGCUGAGGCCCACCUCCGUUUCCCAACAUUCCAAGCGAAGCGUUCCGGAGACAUCUGCUUCCAGUUCAUCACUCGGGCGGCGCAAGGCGUGUUCAUCCACAACAGGGGAGCGCGGGACUUCUUCAAGGUGGAAAUGUUGUCUCCCAGACAAGUUUCCCUGUCUUACGAUGUGGGAAAUGGUCGCCAAGAAGUUGUGAAGACAAUGACCUACGACCUCAACGACAACCGCUUCCACAGCAUUUGCGCUGAAAGAAAUCUGAAAGAGGCUCGCAUCGUGGUGGACAAACAACGCUUCCAGGAUCCUACACAAGCCGAGGCGACGAUCGCAGAAGUCAUGGAUGCACACGAGUCCCUGAAUCUCAACAGCCAACUCUUUGUUGGCUCAGACACCGAGGGUAGAAACGGUUUCAUCGGUGUGAUGCGCGAUCUAAGCGUGAACGGCGUACACCAGGAUCUCUACAGUGCCGCCAUACCAGCGUGGGGCGUAGAGCCCGGGAUGGUUCGACUGUGCGAGCCCGUUAACCCCUGCCAGAACAACGCCACCUGUAUCGAGGGAUGGGGCUUCUACGAAUGCAACUGUACCCUCACUCCGCACGAGGGUCCAACAUGUUCAAAUGAAAUUGGAGCGCGUAUGGAAUCGGCCAGCUACCUUGAGUACUCGUUCCCUAACAAUUUCCGUGACUCCGAGAAGGACAACAUCACCGUGGGUUUCAUCACGGAGCACAAGCAGGGCAUCCUGAUGCACGUGGUGUCUGAGACGGGGAACUACAUGACUCUACGGAUCAAGGACAGUGGUGGAAUCCAGUUAAGGUUUGACCUGGGUGACGGUCGUGACGAGGAACUGAACAACGAUUUACACGACUACGCAGACGACCAGUACCACACGGUCAACAUCACUCGUGUCGGGAAGAGGGUCAGCAUGCUGGUCGAUGGCUACCUGCUGAAUCAACGAACCUUUGAUAUCAGCAACGACCGCUUCAAGGGACUGAACAACAACGGCAAGCUGUUCGUCGGACGCAUACAGGGUGGCGGACAAGGAGAUACUCCGUCCAACAAAGGCUUCAAGGGUUGCAUCUCCCGGGUUAUGUUCAAUGACGUCUUCCCGCUGAAGUUUUACUACCUGAAUAAGCAGAAUAUAGCAUUCCAAAGAGGAGGCACCGUGAGAGCAGUCCCUGACGACAGUUUACUUCGUUCUUCCUGCGGAAUAGAGCCCGUCAUCAUGCCGCCAAGAACUGUGGAACCCUGGCCUACUGCACAAGCGGAUAUCUAUGAAAGCACACUGGCCGAUGGUAUGUUAACAACGGAGGUGCCCAUAGUGCCUGAUGUUGUUGGCGCCAGAGCCUCUAACUCAAGUGAUGCCGCUGUCAUAGGAGGCGUUGUGGCUGUGCUGAUUUUCGUGCUCCUGGUUCUCCUGUGUAUGCUCGCUCGCUAUGCCUUCCGACACAAGGGAUCGUAUAAUACCAACGAAGCUAAAGGGGCAGAUCGAGCAGACGAUCCCGACACUGCCGUGGUCGCGGGUGACCCACGCCACACUGGGAGUGAUGUGGGCAAGAAGAAAGAAUGGUUCAUCUAAAGCAAAUACUAUAGCAAAACCUACACUUAAACUGAUGGUUUGGGAAUAAAAAUUAUGCAAAGAAAGAAAGAGAAGAAAUCUGAUGGUUCUGAAACAUUUUUGCAGCAAAUUAUAACUGGAAGAGAGAGACUAUAUUGGUGAAAAAAAUGAAAGAAUCUUUAACUGUUGAAUGAAAAGACAUGCAAAAGUGGUACACAUGUCUUAUGAAUGUGCACCUGGCUUGAUGUGUUGAGAUAGUAUGAAACAAAAAAGCCUUGAAGAAACAAACAGCUGCCUUGAAGACUUGCCUUAUGUGUAGAUAAGAAAAUUCAUUUGGUGCUGUCAUUGAAUGUAGUAUUAGAACCUCCUUGGUAACAACAAUAUCAAAAUGUUACUGGCCUCAGUCAACAAUCAUGUUAAACCAGUUGAAAUUUUUUUGUCACAAAAAACAACAACAUUUGAACCGAGCAGUGCAACUUGGAAAUGAUUAAUUUCUCACAAAAAGCUUCUCUUCAGAAUUACUUUGUUCUGUAUCGUGAGUGGAUGACAAGGCUGAGGAAUUUCUGGCUAGCUGAACAAGAACUUGACUGUGACCUACAAUAUUUCUUGCUGAUCUUAUACUAUUUACCUUCCUAGUCUCUCUCACAUUACUCAUCUGGGCACAAUACUUAGUAUUUUCUAAAUUUUUCUCUUCUAUUGUAUUCAGUUGAGCUUCUAUUCACUUCUCCAUCUUAUAUCAUUACAUGAAUACCUGGCUGAUACAUGUAACCUUAUAUUAUGUAGAAUAAGAAUUAAAGAAAAAACAAUGUAUUGUUCAAGACAAUCUGAAGUCAAACGUAUUACUUUUGGGAAAAUGUGCGCUGUUGUGUUACAUAUUCUAAGCUUAGCUUAAACAAUUUGCAAAGCAAAAGGAAAACAUUUGAAAUGUUGCCUAGUACUUAGUUUUUUAUAUUGAUUCUAGUUUUAACAAGUAUUUUUGCAUGUAUGGCUUUCUGAAGCAUACAAGGUAAUCAUGUAUAUGUUUGGACCACAAAUAGCAAAUCUGGCAAGGAAUGUUUUAUAUCUGAGAAAUAUUCAGCACAUGCAAGUUUCUUUACACAAACUAUAUUUGCAGUACCAAGGUCAUUUUUAUCAGUGACUAUUGAAUCGUUUAUCUAAGCUUCCAACAUUUUUAAAUGUUGGCUGUUUUUUUAUGCUGUAAAUACCCAUGAGUGCAUUGAGUUACACUUAACAAUGGUGGAUGUAUAUUUGUUUCAGUGUCCUUUGUCUAUAAGUGAAUUAUUUGGGGUAUAGGUUUUACUUUUGCUUCAUUUUUGUUAUGGUGAGAUUAUGGAUGUAAGACUA